AUUACCAUUAGAAAAAAAAAGGGAAAAAAAUGUUUGCAAAAGAACCAGGCACUCCGAGCUUCGACCUACCCGAGGAAGUGCUCGAAGUUCUGCCCUCCGAUCCAUUCGAACAGCUCGAUGUGGCCCGCAAAAUCACCUCCAUUGCGCUCUCCGCACGUGUCUCCGCCCUCGAAUCUGAGGCUUCCGCUCUACGCUCCAAACUCGCCGACAAGGACGCCCUCGUCGCCGACCUCCACGAUCAGAUCGAGUCUCUCGACCAUGCUCUCUCCGACGCCGCCGACAAGCUCUUCCUCGCCGAACAGGAGAAGGAGAACUUGCUGAAGGAGAACGCAUCGUUGUCCAAUACUGUGAAGAAGCUCAAUCGUGAUGUCUCCAAGUUGGAGAGCUUUAGAAAGACACUCAUGCUAUCACUCAAAGAGGAUGAAGAGAGUUCUGGAGCAUCUCCGAAGGUUGUUGCCAAACAGAUGGCAGCCCAAUCGAGUUUAUCUUCUGCUUCAAUGACUGGAGAAGACGAUGCUACAUCAAGAUAUUCUUCUACACGAAGCCAGUACUCAGAAAUUGGAAAUUCAUUUGCAGAGGAUCGGGAGACGGAUGCCUCAAGAGCUGGCAUAUCACAUGGCUUCCUCUUAGCAUCCCAAACUAACACACCUCGGCUUACUCCUCCCGGCUCUCCUCCUACUUUAUCCGCAUCGGUAUCCCCAAGGCGACAUUCAAUUUCACUUUCAACCUCAAGAGGAAUGUUUGAUGAUAGGUCUUCAGUGCCAACUAGCCAGCACAGUUCAAUGUCAAGCUCUGAGUCCGGAUCACAAACUGGACGAACUCGAGUUGAUGGAAAAGAGUUUUUCCGCCAAGUCAGGAGCCGUUUGUCUUAUGAGCAGUUUGGUGCAUUUCUAGCAAAUGUCAAGGAACUAAAUUCCCACAAGCAAACAAGAGAGGAGACGCUAAGGAAGGCAGAUGAGAUUUUUGGCCCAGAUAACAAGGACCUCUAUGCUGUAUUCGAGGGAUUGAUCACUCGCAACGUCCAUUGAAAUUUGUUUGCAGAAACCGCCCCAUAUGUCUGUCAGCUUGGCUUUUUUGAAAUUACCAGUAGUCUCUUAUGCAGUUUGUGCUGUAAAUUAAACAAUUUAAACUAUGAUGAGGUGUAACAACACUAUUCUACGAACCCCCCUCGUUAAAAUUUUCAUAUCAAGUUGUAUUUUGGGUGACAAAAAAUCAGAAUGUUAUGUUCUGCAUC